GAGAAGAAAAACCGAAAACCACUUCGAAGGAAACCACAGAGUGGAGAAAUGACUUCAAAGGAUGGGAAGGAGAUCGAACUAAGUCAUCCUGAGGACGCGAUCUCAGCCGUCAAAUUCGACCCCACCAAUCCAGACUUGCUGUUGGUAUCAUCCUGGGACAAGACCGUCAAGCUAUUUAAUCUCUCGAAUAGCCCGCCAACCGAGCCCGCCAGUGUCUACCCGCACCCAUCUGCCGUAUUGGAUGUAUGCUUCGGAGCCGGGAAAAACGCUGGACGAGCUUAUACGGCUAGCUUGGACAGAGGCGUCCGAGAGAUCGACCUUGAGCCGUCUGCUCCCACCUCAAAUUCCAGCUCGAAUGCGAACUCGAAUUCCAGACCGAACCGGGUAAUCUCAACACAUCAAGAUGCAGUACGAUGUGUGCAUUAUUCGUCGGAAUUCGAUAUCCUAAUCAGCGGAUCAUGGGAUCGAUCGGUGGUACUCCAAGACCCCAAAGCCUCCUCAAACAAACAAUACCCCAACCAAAUCUGCAGUCUCACCCUCCCCAAUCUCCCAGCCAAGGUUUAUUGUUUGGAUUCUUCGAAGGAUAAAUUGGUCGUCGCGAUGGGCAAUCGGAGGAUCUGGAUUUGGGAUCUGCCUCAAUUAUCCGAAGCGGUCGAAAAAGUCAAUCAGAUCAAUCAGAAUCCUAAUCUUGCGGCCACCGAAACUGUGGUUCCACCUCCUCCGCUUCAAGAACGUGAAAGCUCAUUGAAAUUCAUGACUCGGUCGAUCAAAUGUAUGCCUCGUGGAGAUGGCUACGCUUCAGGUUCAAUCGAAGGCAGAGUGGCUGUCGAUCUCUUCGAUACUUCAGCUGAAUCUCAGACGAAGAAGUAUGCGUUUAAAUGCCAUCGUCAAGUGAUUGAGGGGAUCGACACAAUUUAUCCGGUGAACGCGUUGGCAUUCCAUCCGACGUUCGGAACGUUUGCGACUGGAGGAGGAGAUGGGAUCGUAUCGAUCUGGGAUUCAGCGGCCAAGAAGCGACUCCGACAGCUGCCGAAGUACCCGGGAUCGAUCACCUCACUAGCCUUCAAUUCGGACGGCAGCAAACUGGCGAUCGCUUGCUCGAUCCUCGAGGAAGAAAACCCAGCCAAUAAUCCGGCCGUUGAGGACGAGCAUUCUAAUGAGAAGGGGGCUGCUAAAGACGCCUCUGCGGCUGAUAAACCUGAUUCUCAAAACAAGAAUAAUUCGCACUUUAAUUCCCUGAAAAAUUGCGUCUUCGUGAGGAUCGUUGUCGAUGAUUGUAAACCUCGAGCAAAGUGAACAAAAUUGAACAUAGUCAGAAAGCAAUUGGAACUUCAUGAUCACUCUCCAAUAUACAUAAAAACAAUGUGAAACAACAGAUGUUGAUUCCCACCAAUAACAAAAGCCAAAGACAAGAAAUCAAAGCAUUUAUCUUCAUUCUUGUGUGGUGAUUGAACUGCUGUGUUGUUUGAAGAGAGAAAUCACUGGUCUUCAAAAAUGACUCCAUUGAUUAGUCUGUACAUACUUGAUCUUCAAAGCAUGGACAUUCCAGAGAUUUUCAACUUAGCUCUAACUGUUUCUAGAUAACCUUGUAGCCAUACAGAAUUCAAUGUUCUGGUUCACAAAAUAACUAUCUCACCUUUUGAUUAAUCAGAAGAUGUUUC